AGGAGGAGGGGCUUCAUGGGGACUGAUUCCCUUUCUGUGUUAUUUGACAGUCAGUGACGAUUGACGGGAGUCCAUCAGCUCAGUGGCCGUUGAUGGACAAUCCCUAUGAAGAAACAGGAUUACAAUGGGACAGAGUACCUCGGAACAAGAGGUCCAGGGAGACAACCCAGAGGACGGGUUUAAUAACUUCAAGUCAUUUGUGGAGGAGGAACUUCAGACGAGCAUGAUGGUGGGGAUGGUGAUUGGCGCAGGCAUCGCCAUAGUCCUCAUCGCCAUCCUCAUCUUCUUCGUAUUGCGGAGAAUCCAGCUUCGAAACCUCGAAGCUCAGGAGGCUCCCAAAUACCGCUUUCGCAAGAGGGACAAAGUCAUGUUCUACGGGCGGAAGAUCAUGCGCAAAGUCUCACAGUCUACCUCUUCCCUGGUGGGUACCGCCUCCUCCUCUCGGCCACGCCUCAAGAAGAAGCAGAAGAUGCUCAACAUUGCCAAAAAGAUCCUGCGCUUUAAGAAGGAAGUGCCCAUUCUACAAGCCAAGGAGCCCCCUCCCUCGGUGCUGGAGGCGGACCUCACUGAGUUUGACGUGGCCAACUCCCACCUCCCCUCCGAGGUGCUCUACAUGCUCAAAAAUGUCCGGGUUCUGGGUCACUUUGAGAAGCCGCUCUUCCUUGAACUCUGUAAACACAUGGUGUUUGUGCAGUUCCAACAAGGGGAGUACGUCUUCAGGCCGGGCCAGCCUGACAGCAGCAUCUACGUGGUUCAGGACGGGAAACUAGAAUUGUGCCUUACUGGAACGGACGGCAAAGAAAGUGUGGUGAAAGAGGUUUACCCUGGAGACAGUGUCCACAGCCUCCUCAGCAUCCUGGAUGUCAUCACAGGCCACCAGAAGCCUUACAGAACGGUGUCGGCCCGGGCUGCAGAGGUUUCCACUGUUCUACGUUUGCCCGUUGAAGCCUUCCUCGCUAUAUUCGAGAAGUACCCAGAGAGCCUGGUGCGGGUCGUCCAGAUUAUCAUGGUUCGUCUUCAAAGAGUAACAGUCCUGGCUCUACACAACUAUCUGGGGCUCACCAAUGAGCUCUUCAGCCAUGAAAUGCAGCCCUCGCGUCUGCCACCCCCGUCUCCCCACCCGACUCGCACCAGUCCCAUCCGCCAUGGCAAGCGCUUUGGCAGCCUGACGGUGUCUGAGGAACAUCGGGAGGCCGCCAUCAAGGGAGAAGCUCCAGUAGGGGAACAAGGGAAGGAUGGAGCGACAGUGCCAACUCUUCUUCGAACCAUCUCCAUGCCUGUGGACAUUGCAGGUAUGCAGAAAAGUCUGAGGUCGGACUUUGACAUGGCGUAUGAAAGGGGGCGGAUCUCUGUCUCUGCAGAGGACGGAAACACUCCUCCUACUUUCACCCGGUCGGCGUCUCAGGACCAGCGGGAGAGGAAGGUGACGGUGGACGAGGUCCCCUCAGGGAUCUAUCUGUACCCCGAGGAGGACACGGGAGUGGACAAUAUCUUCUCUCCAGUUUCCAGUCGCGCUAACGUCGCCCUGUUUGAGGAAGCGCAGAAAGAAAUCCUGAAGCUCAUGAAUAUCGAGGACCCAGCCUUGUUGAAUGGGAAAGUGACUCUGCAUCAUGCAAAAGCUGGAGCAGUCUUAGCCCGACAGGGAGACCAGGACGUGAGUCUGCACUUUGUCUUGUCCGGUUGUCUGCACGUCUACCAGCGGAUGAUUAACAAGCAGGAAGCCGUGUGCUUAUUUGUGACCCACCCGGGGGAGAUGGUGGGGCAGCUCGCUGUGCUGACGGGAGAGCCCCUCAUCUUCACCAUCAAGGCCGUCAGAGACUGUACUUUCCUCAAGAUCUCCAAGUCGGAUUUCUACGAGAUCAUGAGGGAGCAGCCCAGUGUGGUGCUGAGUGCAGCCCACACGGUCGCCAUCCGCAUGUCCGCCUUUGUCAGACAGAUGGACUUUGCUAUUGACUGGAUGGCUGUGGAGGCCGGCAGAGCCCUCUACAGACAGGACGACCAGUCAGACUGCACCUACAUCGUUCUGAACGGGCGUCUACGAUCAGUCAUCCGCAAGGCGAACGGCAAGAAAGAACUGGUGGGGGAGUACGGACGAGGAGACCUGAUCGGAGUGGUGGAAGCCUUGACCAGACAGCCGAGAGCCACCACGGUCCACGCCGUGAGAGACACGGAGCUGGUCAAACUCCCCGAGGGAACCCUCAACAACAUCAAGAGACGAUAUCCUCAGGUGGUGACGCGGCUGAUCCACCUGUUGGGACAGAAGAUUCUGGGGAACCUGCAGCAGGGCCGCGGGCCGUUCUCAGGUUCAGCCCUGACCAGCGCCGAUGUCACCAACCCCGCCAGCAACCUCUCCACGGUGGCUGUCCUGCCAGUGUGUGACGAGGUGCCAAUCAACGCGUUCAACCUGGAGCUCAGCCACGCCCUCAGUGCCAUCGGUCCCACUCUGCUGUUGACCAGUGACAUAAUCAGAGAGCGGCUAGGAGCUUCUGCUUUGGACAGAAAAUUGGAGCAGAUGCUGGAGAACACAGCAGUUCGGGCUCUGAAGCAGCUGGUCCUUCUGCACAAAGAGGACGGGCCGGGUCCCUCCAGGACGGUGGAGUGGCUCAACAUGCGUAGCUGGUGCUCCGGCCAUCUGCACCUCAAGUGUCCCCGCAGGGUCUUCUCCAGACGCGGCCCCAACAAACUAAGGGAGGUUUGAAAGGUGUUUGAGAAGACGGCAGACAGGCACAGUGAUUUCUCUCGGCUGGCCCGAGUCCUGACCGGAAACAGCAUCGCUCUGGUGCUGGGAGGAGGCGGAGCCAGAGGCUGCUCUCAUGUGGGUGUGAUCAAAGCUAUGGAGGAAGCUGGGAUUCCUAUCGACAUAGUGGGCGGGACCUCAAUCGGCUCAUUCAUUGGUGCGUUGUACGCUGAGGAGAGGAGCGCCGUCAGAACCAAACAAAGAGCCAGGGAGUGGUCGAAGGCAAUGAACUCGGUAUUUAAGACCGUGCUGGACCUGACGUAUCCCAUCACCUCCAUGUUCUCCGGCUCUGCCUUCAACACCAGCAUCUAUAAAGUGUUCCUGGACAAACAGGCCGAGGACCUGUGGCUGCCGUACUUCAACGUCACCACUGACAUCACAGCGUCAGCCAUGAGGGUUCACCAGGAUGGUUGCGUCUGGCGCUAUGUUAGAGCCAGUGCCUCCUACACCCCCUAUUUACCUCCCCUGUGCGACCCCAAGGAUGGCCACUUGCUUGUGGAUGGUUGCUAUGUUAACAAUGUCCCAGGCUCUCUGUGGCGCUAUGUGCGAGCGAGCAUGACCCUCUCGGGGUAUCUGCCGCCUCUCUGCGACCCCAAAGAUGGCAACUUGCUAAUGGACGGUGGCUACAUCAACAACCUGCCAGCCGACAUUGCGAGGAACAUGGGUGCAAGAACGGUCAUCGCCAUCGAUGUGGGUAGCCAAGACGAGACUGACCUCUGUAACUAUGGCGACAGCCUGUCCGGCUGGUGGUUGCUGUGGAAACGGAUCAAUCCCUGGGCCGAGAAAGUGAAGGUUCCAGACAUGGCAGAGAUCCAGUCUCGGUUGGCCUACGUGUCCUGUGUGCGUCAGUUAGAGGUAGUGAAGAAGAGUGCCUACUGCGAGUACAUCCGGCCACCGAUCGACCGCUUCAAGACCAUGGACUUCGGCAAGUUUGACGAAAUCUACGACGUCGGAUUCCAGCACGGCAAGUUGUUGUUCACUGGCUGGGCUCGAGGCGACAUCAUCGAGAACAUGCUGAAGGAUCAUCGCUCGGCCGACUACAAUGAAAGCAAGAGAGCUGAUUCCUGCACGUGUCCAGGAGCCGACUUCACUGACCUCGCAGAGAUCGUAUCCAGGAUAGAACCGGUCCAAAGCUAUGUCGCUGCAGAAGCGGAGGAGUCGGACUGUCUGACAGAGUACGAGGAAGACGGGAUGGACACGGUGAGAGAGGAGGAGGGGGAGGAGGAGGAGGAAGAGGCAGAGGAUGCUGAGGAUCACUCCCCCGGAGAGUGGGGCCAGAACGGAGUCUUUCAAACGGAUGAGGAAAAAUGUGUGAGACAGCGCAGGAAGUUCACCAGUGACACGUCUGAAGUCUCCGACUGCUGACAGCGGGCCGUGGAGGAGGAGAGGGAGUUCAAACGAGAGCGAGGGCCAAAUAACGGGUCCGAGGCUGGAGACGUGAAUACCACACUGGACUCUUUCAACUUCUGAGACUCUUUAAAAAGAACUUUCACUGGCUUCAUCGUUUCACAAGCUGAAAUACCACACACACAGGUUUCCUCUCAUCGCUUUUUACACCAGACUGAAUCAUUGCCAGAAUCCCUGCCUGCCAACUCCCGAACCUGCCAAAACCAGUUCUCAAAAAAAAAACACAACCAAACAGGGACGCUUUCGAUCUUCACGUUCACUCAGAAGGACCGAGCCUCCGAGUCCCAGUCUGUGUCGCUGCUUCUCUCUUUCAUCGCACUCCUCUUUUUGUUUUUCAUAAUAUAGUCGAUGAAUUGAUGACGCUCGCUGUUCAGACGAGUGUGAGCUGCCUGAGUGCUGGGAGGAGAGUGUGCUUUGAUUUGUUGAAAUAGAAACAGGAAACGCAGAGGCAAAGUCAGAAAUGAAUCAAAUAGAUCCGUUCAAGGUGGUUUAGUGUAGAAGUAGAGAAGUGCUUCCCAAAUCUUUUCUGGGAGGGCGAUAUACCUCCACCCCCCCUCCCCGUAAACAUCAACAAAUAAACAAAAAAAACGCUAUCAGACAUGUCCUAACAAACUUCUUCUUAUCUGUAGAAUUAACUUUGAACAGUAGCUGCUUACAGACUGUAAUCACGCCCUCAACAGCGCUCGCUGUAACAAAGUUCUGUCGUCCCUCCCCCUUUGUGUCUCAGACGUGCACACACACAGCACUGAUGUGUCCUGCCGUCUCUGACUCAUCACAUCGCCACCGUCUUCCUCCUCCAAUUACACCUCUGUCACAUACGGGCGACCACAUAAAAUAAGUGUGGAAAAAUACAUUUAAACACAUGAAGAACUCUCGCUGUAGCGUCGCUCCUAGAAUAGGAGGUGGAAAUGUCAUAAGCGGAGGUAAAGCCUCCUACUUGAUAUGAUAUGAAGUGACAUUAACGAGCGCUGCGACUCCGCGUCUUGAAAAACUUGUCGUGCGGCAGCAGAGAAGAGCGCCCGGUGAGCACAGCACCAGGAAAACAACAGGUUAGCUGCCGAUGCUUUUCCAGCGACGGGCCUCUGAGUAAUCGGGCCCUUACGCAUCUUCUACAUGUUUUAAUCGUGAGAGCUUACGUUGCUUUUGAUCGUUUUUCUCAUCACUGAAUCUGAUACGACGUCUCUGAAGCUCGUCACUUCAUGCUGUCGAGAGCUAACGCUAACCGAGUCGUCAUAUUUCUCUGGAUUCAUGGAAACAUAACGUUCAUUCUGCAGUCCUUCUGCACAAUUGGCCCUCUUUGCCAGCAGUGCAGAGCUGACUGCAUUGUUUUUGUUAAGCCUUGCUGCGCCCCCGACAUAACCUCAGAUCCCCCCCCCCCCCUUCCCCUCAGUUUGGGAAUCACUGAAGUAUAGAAUCAGGCAGAGGAAGCUUUAGGAGAAAUAGAUUUUCACGUAGAAUCUGAAGUAGACAGAACGGAGCUGGACCGGUGUUGUGACGAUGACUGAACACUGAAGGAUUUUAACGGCGGUUAAACGAGAACCAGAACCAGGACCAGUCGGAGACAUUUAAAUUUAAAGUCAACGGACACUAGGAGAGAAAUAGCGUGAUUUUCUCUCGGCGGACUAAAGGAUAACAGAGGAUGAAAAACAUGUGUGGGGGUGAAUGAGAUGAUUUUAAGUGUGUGUGCGCAUGUGUGUGUGUGUGUGUGAGUGCGCGUGUGUGUGUAUGGAGUUGUGUUUUGCGUGAGAUGAAGACGAUGCCUUUUACACCAGUGUUAUAGAUCCACUCACAGGGAGCCGUGAGUGUGGAGAGGAGCGACCACUUCAGCGACACUACAGACAGGUGUGAACAUCCAGAGGUCACGUGCUGACCUCGAGGUUCAGGUGUGUGUCACUGAGUCUCAGCAACUGCAGAUGAAGAAUAAUAAGUCAGAACGCUGAGUCACCCUUCACCUCGUCCUGUAACUUUAACACUGUAACUAACAUGGACCUCUUCUAGAAAUGUAAGGAGAUUAAAUAAUGGUACACAUGAUGUUGAUAUUGAUAAAUCUGUAUAUGAGGUAGAGAUUGGUGCAUUGAUGCUUCGCUGCAGAACAAGAGGACAAGGUUUCCCCUCUUCCAUCCUGCUUUGUUUUAUUUAUGUAUUAACUCGGCUUUUUAAAAACUGCUUUCUUUUCUGUUUUUUUUUUUAUUGUGUUUGGGGAGAGGGUGUGGUCUAAUUUAAAUAACUUGGCUUUAGCUGUUUUGCACUGAAACAUUUGAAGUGUUCUCUGCUCCGAGUGUGUUUGGUGAUUGUUUGCCAACAUCCUCGAGAUGUCACGGGAAUCUAAAGACUAAAAAAAAACCAGAUGAUUUAAUACGCAUAUUGGAAAAAUAAAUAGAAUAUGCAUCACUUCA